GGAGCUGCCAACGGCUGGCCGCAGUCCCUGCCCGUCCUGUCUGGGACCCAGGAUCGCUCUGUGAGCAACUUGGAGCCAGAGAGGAACACAAGACCGAGAGAGCCAGGCCCCUCUGCCCAGCGCUGCCCGCAGUGCCCAGUAACACAGCCAGCCAGACCAGGGCGGCCCCUCCCAGCAGUCCUGCUCCUCCCAAAGGAUGCUUUGGGAGUGAGGCCACUCCUCGUCCCAGCAGCCCCCGACUCCCUCCAUUCUCUUAAGUCUCCAGGAGCCUGCGAAGGCCCUCCCUGCCCUCUCACCCAGCUGCUGCCCCAUUUUAGAUCCAGCAAAGUCUUUCUGAUAACAGGAGAGAUCCGUGAGGAGGACUUCCUGGAGGGGGUGGCAGCCCAGAGCCCGGGACUAUGCCCACACCAACAGGCAUCUGCGGCAAGUUUUUGAAUAGGGGCAGCUCUCUGAAAUGACCCAUCUGAAGCUCUCCCUGUAUGGAUGGAGAAACUGAGUCUCAGAGAGGAAGGAAACUUGCUCAGUCUCACGGAGACCACGUGGCUUCCGGGUGCCAUGCCAGCUCUUGUCCUCAAAGGCCAUGUGCUGUUUCUACCCCUGCUGUUGCUGCUGGGAGCACAGGCCUCCAGGGACCUGGUGAUCACACCCCCAGGGCCAGAGCUGGUCCUCAAUGUCUCCAGCAACUUCAUUCUGACCUGCUCGGGUCCAGCUCCGGUGGUGUGGGAACGGCUGUCCCGGGAGCCCCUGCAGGAACUCACCAAGACCCAGGAUGGCACCUUCUCCAGCAUGCUAGCGCUGACCAAUGUCACUGGGAUAGACACAGGAGAAUACUUUUGUACCUACAAAGGCUCCCAGGGGCUGGAGUCUGGUGAGCAGAAACGACUCUACAUCUUUGUGCCGGAUCCCACUAUGGGCUUCCUCCCUGUUGACCCUGAGGAACUAUUCAUCUUUCUCACGGAAAUAACUGAGACCACAAUUCCAUGCCGAGUGACAGAUCCACGACUGGUGGUGACACUGCACGAGAAGAAAGUGGAUGUCCCACUCCCCAUCCCCUACGACCACCAACAUGGCUUCUCUGGUAUCUUUGAGGACAAGACCUAUGUCUGCAAAACCACCAUUGGGGACAAAGAGGUGGAUUCUGAAGCCUACUAUGUCUACAGCCUCCAGGUGUCAUCCAUCAAUGUCUCAGUGAAUGCAGUGCAGACUGUGGUCCGCCAGGGUGAGAACAUCACCAUCAUAUGCAUUGUGACUGGGAACGAGGUGGUCAACUUUGAGUGGAUAUACCCACGCCUGGAGAGUGGGCGGCUGGUGGAGCCAGUGACUGACUUCCUCUUCAGUGUACCCUCCUACAUACGCUCCAUCUUGCACAUCCCCAGCGCUGAGCUAGGCGACUCUGGGACCUACAUCUGCAAUGUGUCAGAGAGUGUGAAUGACCAUCGAGAUGAAAAGGCCGUCAAUGUCACUGUGGUUGAGAGCGGCUACGUACAGCUGCUGGAAGAGCUAGACACUGUACAGUUCGCGGAGCUGCACCGCAGCCGGACACUGCAGGUGGUGUUCGAGUCCUACCCGCCGCCCACUGUCAUAUGGUUCAAGGAAAAUCGCACACUGGGCGACUCCAGCGCCGGGGAGAUCGCCCUGUCCACACGCAAUCUGUCUGAGACCCGGUAUGUGUCAGAACUGACACUGGUGCGGGUGAAGGUGGCUGAGGCUGGCCACUAUACCAUGCGGGCCUUCCAUGAGGACGCUGAGGCCCAGCUCUCCUUCCAGCUGCAGGUCAACGUGCCUGUCCGUGUUCUGGAGCUGAGUGAGAGCCACCCUGCCAGUGGGGAGCAGACAGUCCGCUGCCGAGGCCGGGGCAUGCCCCAGCCACACCUCACCUGGUCUACCUGCAGCAACCUCAAAAGGUGUCCACGCGAACUGCCACCCACGCCACUGGGGAACAGUUCUGAGGAGGAGAGCCAGCUGGAGACUAAUGUGACUUACUGGGCUGAGGAGCAGGAGUUUGAGGUGGUGAGCACACUGCGCCUGCACCGUGUGGAUCAGCCACUGUCGGUGCGCUGCACGCUGCAAAACCUGCUGGGUCACGACAUUCAGGAGGUCACCGUGGUGCCACAAUCUCUGCCCUUUAAGGUGGUGGUGAUCUCAGCCAUCCUGGCCUUGGUGGUGCUCAUGAUCAUCUCCCUCAUCGUCCUCAUCAUGCUUUGGCAGAAGAAGCCACGUUAUGAAAUCCGAUGGAAGGUGAUUGAGUCUGUCAGCUCUGAUGGCCAUGAGUAUAUCUAUGUGGACCCUAUGCAGCUGCCCUACGACUCCACCUGGGAGCUGCCGCGGGACCAGCUUGUGCUCGGACGCACCCUGGGCUCCGGGGCCUUUGGGCAGGUGGUGGAGGCCACGGCUCACGGCCUGAGUCAUUCACAGGCCACGAUGAAAGUGGCUGUCAAGAUGCUGAAAUCCACGGCCCGCAGCAGUGAGAAGCAAGCCCUCAUGUCAGAGCUGAAGAUUAUGAGUCACCUCGGACCCCACCUGAACGUGGUCAACCUGCUGGGGGCCUGCACCAAAGGAGGGCCCAUCUACAUCAUCACUGAAUACUGCCGCUACGGUGACCUGGGGGACUACCUGCACCGCAAUAAGCACACCUUCCUGCAGCGCUGCCCUGACAAGUGCCGCCCGCCCAGCACCGAGCUGUACAGCAACGCCCUGCCAGCCGGCCUCACCCUGCCCAGCCACGUGUCCCUGCCUGGAGAGAGCGACGGUGGCUACAUGGACAUGAGUAAGGAUGAGUCGGUGGACUACGUUCCCAUGUUGGACAUGAAAGGAGACAUCAAAUAUGCAGACAUUGAUCCCUCCAACUCCAUGGCCCCUUAUGAUAACUAUGUUCCCUCAGCUCCCGAGAGGACCUGCCGGGCGACUUUGAUCGACGAGUCCCCAGUGCUUAGCUACAUGGAUCUUGUGGGCUUCAGCUACCAGGUGGCCAAUGGCAUGGAGUUCCUAGCCUCCAAGAACUGCGUGCACCGGGACCUGGCAGCCAGGAAUGUGCUCAUCUGUGAGGGCAAGCUGGUCAAGAUCUGUGACUUUGGUCUGGCCCGUGAUAUCAUGCGUGACUCGAACUACAUCUCCAAAGGCAGUACCUUCCUGCCUCUGAAGUGGAUGGCCCCCGAGAGCAUCUUCAACAGCCUCUACACCACCCUGAGCGACGUGUGGUCCUUCGGGAUCCUGCUCUGGGAGAUCUUCACCCUGGGUGGCACCCCUUAUCCAGAGCUGCCCAUGAAUGAGCAAUUCUACAAUGCUAUCAAGCGGGGCUACCGCAUGGCCCAGCCUGCCCAUGCUUCUGAUGAGAUUUACGAGAUCAUGCGGAAGUGCUGGGGAGAGAAGUUUGAGAUUCGGCCCCCCUUCUCCCAGCUGGUGCUGCUUCUUGAGAGACUGCUGGGUGAGGGUUACAAAAAGAAGUACCAGCAGGUGGAUGAGGAGUUUCUGAGGAGUGACCACCCAGCUGUCCUUCGGUUCCAAGCCCGCUUGCCUGGCUCCCAUGGCCUCCGAUCUCCUCUGGACACGAGCUCCGUCCUCUAUACUGCUGUGCAGCCCAAUGAGGGUGACAACGACUAUAUCAUCCCCUUGCCUGACCCCAAACCCGAGGUUGCUGAUGAGGGCCCACUGGAGGGUUCCCCCAGCCUUGCCAGCUCCACCCUGAAUGAAGUCCACACCUCCUCUACCAUCUCCUGUGACAGCCCCCUGGAGCCCCAGGAGGAACCAGAGCCAGAGUCCCAGCUCGAGCCCCAGGUGGAGCCGGAGCCAGAGUGGCCACCGGAUUCAAGCUGCCCCAGGCCUCAGACGGAGACAGAAGACAGCUUCCUGUAGGGGGCUGGUCCCCAGCCUGCCCUGCCCAGAGCUCCCCGUCUACCUCCCAGCACCCAGCACCUCCUGGCCCGUCCUGGCCGCGCAUCAGCCAGGAUGCUCCCAUAAGCUGUCCCCUUCUGGAAAGCCUUUGUCCUUGGCAUGUAGCACCCCAACCCCUGGGGCUGGCUUAGGAGGCCAGAGAACUGCACCGGCUGUGACCAGCCCUCUGCCUCGGGGUAGGCAUGUGACUCCAAGCCAGGGUUCUCCCGAAGGAGUCAGUUUCCCCAUCUGUAAGAUGGGGGAAGUUAGGCUUGGUGACACAGUCUCGGUGACAGGUGGGGAGGCUGAAAUCCCUAGGGAGAUUCUCAAGGUUCAGGAGGUGGUGAACCAACCUUUCUUCUGGUGCACCGGCUGCCCCUCAAGGAGCUGCAGCUCUCUCCCUGCACUUCUAUCUGCCCGAGAGCUGGGUAAGCGACCCCGACAUUCGCGGCUCCCGCCGAGCUGGGACCUGGCCUUGGGCAGUGUAGCCUCAUCCAGAAGCUACCUCCCCUCCAUACCAGUCUCACUUUCCCAGGCCCGAGCUGGUCUGGGGCCGUCCAUGCUUCAUAAACGCUGGGGGCAGAGUCAAGCAAUAGGACACCCUGGCUGGCAGCCCCUGCCCCGGGCACCAGGGACACACCAUGCCAUAAAGGUGCCCAUGUCCUUACCUCCCCGGCCCCACAAGUCCCAGAGUCUUUUUUUCCAUCACUUCCAGUCUUACUCCACCCAGCAGAGUCUCCAGGGCCAGGCGGGCCCCACGUGCUUUGAUGUACCUGCGAGAAAUAUCCACACGUGUGGACAAAUUUGUGGACCAAUAUGUGCACUGGACCUGCUAUGAGACCUUGGAGGAAUUCCUUGCCCUUUCUGGGCCUGUUUUCCCUGUUGAGAAAUAAGCAAGUUGGACUCAUUGACUUCUGGUGCCCUGCCAGCACUAACAUUCUAGAAUAUUCCAGAGGGUUGCAUACUUGCCCAGAUGAAGCAAAUCUAAAAACCCAAAACUUCCAUCCUGGGGAUCAACUAGGGUCUGGGGAGAUUCCAGACCAUAUAUCAUAUUCCAGGCAUUCAGGAACCUGCCCCGUCCUCAGAUCCCCAGCAAGUCUCAAAAGACCAGCUGCCCAGGCCUUGACUCAGAGUGACAGUGUCUUGGAAAGCCCCCAGCAGCUGCCCUAGGGACAUGGAAAGACCACGGGACCCUUUCAGCACCCAUAAUGACCUCUGGAGCUGUCCUGGGCAAAGGAGGAAGAGAGGGCAAAUCAGACUACCUUGUACAGCCCACCACUCUGGCACCUGCUGUCCAGGUCUGUGCUGCAGGCAUAACAGACAGUGAGGGUCCUCAGGGACCCCCAGAAAGGACAAGAAGCCUUGGUUAGAGAACCUGAGAAAGGAGUACAAGAGGUGGGUACUUCAGGGUUUACCUUCUCAACCUGCCAGUGGCCACGUCCCCGAGGCAAUACUCAGGGGGAUGGCUUCAUCAUUGCCCAGGCCUGCUCAUCUCACAGUGUCUGCCAGCUGCAGCCCAGCCCAGUGGGCACCGGAGGUGCCAGGGGAGUGAGGGCUGUGGCUAAGCGCACCAGCAAGGGAAGGGCUGGGAGGGUGGGAGGGGAGAGUGGCUCCUGGGGCCCGAGCCCUCUGAUGCUGGUCGGCGCCCCCUGCCCAGGGCCCUUGAAGUCUGGUUGCAGACGGAGUGGGUUCUCACUAUGGUACCAAAGAUAUGAUCAUCUAGGUCUACAAGUAUUUUUAGGACUCACAUUAACUCACAUUUAUACAGCAGAAGUACUAUUUUGUAUGCCAUCAAAUUUUCCUAUCCGUGUACUUUUUUUUUUUAAGGGAAAGAUUUUAAUAUUAAACCUGGUGCUUCUCACAGA